AAUGAAUUGAAACAAAUAGAUUAUUGAUAUUCAUUGUGAAUUGUGAUAUGAUAUAUAUUUCAAUGGUGAUUCGUGAAGGCUUAUUUGCUCUCCUUAGCUUAUUCCUCGUUCUGGUGGUCGAAUUGUUGGGUCAUGCCGAGAGUAGUGUUAGAAUUAGUAAUGUCUCAGCUUCAUUCGGCAGAAGCAAAUUUCCGUCGGAUUUCGUUUUCGGAACAGCUUCAGCUUCUUAUCAGUAUGAGGGAGCGGCAAAUGAAGGCGGAAGAGGUUCAUGCAUUUGGGAUACCUUCACUCACACAUACCCAGGUAAAAUAAAAGACGGCAGCAAUGGAGACGUUGCCAUAGACUUUUAUCAUCGCUAUAAGGAGGACGUGGGGAUAAUGAAAGAAAUGGGGUUGGAUGCCUUCAGGUUCUCUAUAUCUUGGUCCAGAAUAUUGCCAAAUGGAAAGUUAAGUGGGGGAAUGAAUAGGGAAGGCAUCACAUUCUACAACAAUCUCAUCAAUGAGCUUUUAUCCAAAGGUAUUCAACCUUUUGCGACUCUCUUCCACUGGGAUCUUCCACAAGCACUAGAAGAUGAGUAUGGUGGUUUUCUAAAUGCUAAAAUUGUGGAUGACUUCCGAGACUACGCGGAGCUUUGCUACAAAGAGUUCGGUGAUCGCGUGAAGCACUGGAUCACUUUAAAUGAGCCAUCGACCUUUAGCUCUUCCGGCUACGCCACCGGCACCUUUGCUCCCGGCCGAUGUUCUUCAUGGCUGAACCGAAACUGCACCGGUGGGAAUUCCGGGACCGAGCCCUACGCCGUAGCCCACAACCAGCUUCUUGCUCACGCUGCCGCUGUGAAGGUGUACAAGGAAAAGUACCAGGCAUCUCAGAAAGGCAAGAUUGGAAUCACGCUGGUGGCACCUUGGUUUGUGCCCUUCUCCGACGACCAAUCCAGCAAAGAUGCUGCUCGACGAGCUAUGGAUUUCGUAUUUGGAUGGUACACCGACCCAUUGACCUAUGGCGACUAUCCAGACAGCAUGCGAGCUCUCGUGGGAAAUCGGUUGCCAAAAUUCUCACAAGACCGGUCCAUUGCAGUGAAGGGAUCGUUUGAUUUCCUGGGAUUAAAUUACUACUCUGCUGCUUAUGCAGCCAACGCUUCCACCUCCAACUCUGUUCCCGCAAGCUACCUUAUCGAUUCUCGAGUGACUUUGACAUCGCAACGGAACGGUGUCCCCAUAGGUCCAAAGUCUGGUUCGGAUUGGCUUUAUGUAUACCCAAGAGGAAUUCGAGACAUGUUGCUCUAUGUGAAGGCACGAUACAAUAAUCCAACCAUUUAUAUUACAGAGAAUGGAGUUUCAGAGGUAGACAACAGUACAUUGACGUUGGAGGAAGCCCUGAGAGAUGACUUGAGAAUAGAUUAUCAUCGUCGCCAUUUCUGUUUCCUUCAAAGAGCCAUUCAGGAGGGUGUGAAAGUGAAGGGAUACUUUGCAUGGUCGCUUUUGGACAACUUCGAAUGGAGUUCUGGUUACACAGUUCGGUUUGGUAUUAACUACGUGGACUACAAAGAUGGGUUGAAGAGAUAUCCAAAGCAUUCCGCCUCUUGGUUCAAAAAUUUCCUCCAAAGAUAGCCCAGGCCCAGGCAAUUACUAUGACUCUUGUGCUGAUCGAGUAAAUAAGCAGAGGACAUCUAUCUGCUCUUUUCUUUUCCCUUUUUGACUUUCUUUAUGUCUUAGUUAAAAGCAAUAAUAAAUUACCUAGAAGGUGAAGCCCAGUUUUUUAAAUCUUAGUCCAGUCCACCCAAAUUGUAGCCCCAACUUCGCUAGGCAUGUCAAGACACUCCUGUAUGAGUGUGACUGUGUGAGAAACUGAGGAUAGCAAAUUUGGGCUGCCAAGCCUACCAUCAAUUUUGAUUUUGAUAA